AAGAGAGCGUACGGGGAAUUUUUGUGACACUCUUCUUCUUCUUCUUCUUCUUCUUCUUCUUCUUCUUCUUCUUCUUCUUCUCCUCCUCCUGCUGCUGUGGUCGAGUGUAUACCUGCGUGGGGCGGGGUGGGAGCCAUGGCGGCUACGGCACAUCGUCAAGACUCCAGUGUGCCGUUGCUGGCCAAAGAGCGGAGUCUCGAGCAGAGCAGAAGAGAGUCUCGGGAGGGAGAGAGCAGCAGCAGCAGCAGCAGCAGCAGCGGGCUGACGAGAGAACGAACGUCGUCGUCGCAGGACAUACAAAAUCGACCCGUCGCCGAACUGCCCGGCUACGACUCCGAUGGCAUCCCGUUGAGUCCCAUGGAGAUGAAGUACCGCAUGGUAGAUGCCGAAAUCGACAGCCAUGGAAUGGGCACCUAUCAGUGGUUCGUCUGGUGGUUAUGUGGACUGGGCUACUUACUGGAUCUACUCUGGGCGCAAGCCUUCGGUCUGGUCCUCGGUCCUCUCCAGCAAGAGCUUGGCUUUUCCGAGGGCGAGUCCGGAAACAUAUCCAUCGCCUUCUCCGUGGGUCUGACGGCGGGAGCGUUGGUGUGGGGAAUACUAGGAGAUAUCAUCGGGAGACGUUGGGUGUUUAAUCUCACGUGCUUCAUCUCUGGUGCAUUCGGUAUUGCCCUGGGAACUGUGCAUACCUAUGGACAAUUUCUGGCGAUUGUGGUGUUUAUGGGCUUUGGAAUCGGCGGCAAUAUUCCCGUCGAUACGACCAUUUGUCUGGAAUUUUUGCCGUCGAAUCGUCGCUUUCUGCUCUCGCUCUUGUCCAUAUUUCAGCCCAUUGGCGUCGUGGGCACCUGUGCCAUAGCCUAUGCGUUUGUGCCGUCGUACUCGUGCAGACCCAACUUCAGCGAAGAAAAUGCUCUACCGUCGUGCAAUCGGGUGCCUGCAGGGACAGAAGAAUGCUGUAGCUCCGCACAGAAUAUGGGCUGGAGAUAUGUCAUUUACACCCUGAGCGCCAUCAACGUGGUUGUAUUUCUGCUCCGAUUCGUCGUCUUUACCAUUCAUGAAUCGCCCAAAUUCUUGCUCAGUCACGGUAGAGACGAGGAAGCCAUUAGCGUACUGGAAGCCAUUGCAAAGUCCAACCGCACAGACUGCAAACUCCGACUACGAGACUUGGAGCGCGCCGACAUGGACAGUGAUGGAGCAUCAGGACUGACAGGCCGAGUGGAAUUCACCGACAAGCGCUACUGGAAGAGUAAAAUGCGCACCAAAAUUUCCAAAUACAAGCAACUCUUCCACGGGCCACAAAUGACCCGCAUCACCAUCCUCGUCUGGCUAACCUACAUUUUCGACUUUUUCGGUUUCACCCUCGCAGGGUACUAUCUCCCCAAAAUCAUCGCCAUCAAAAACGCCCAAAUCGCUCUCUCUCUGCGCCAGACCUAUCGCAACUACAUUGCCAUUUACAGCCCCGGAAUCCUCGGAGUCACCAUCGGAGCCAUACUCGUUCGCGUUCCCAAAUUCGGUCGCAAAUGGACCAUGACGCUCUCCUCGGGGUUCAUGGGAUGUUCCAUUCUGGCCUUCAGCAGCGUAAAUUCCCAAGCCUCCAACAUUGGUCUGAACGCUCUCGAGCAUUUUUUCCAAAGCAUGUUUAAUGCUGUCUUGUACGGCUGGACUCCUGAAGUGUUUCCGGCGGAAAUUCGAGGCACGGCGGUGGGACUUGCGACGACGUGGGGAAGACUGUUUUCGAUUUUGGCGCCGUUGAUUGCGGAGAAGAUGCAGGAUGGAGAGGAAGGGUUGAAGAAUCCGGAUACGAUUCGGAGGUUUUUGUAUUUGGCCGGAGGGAUUACUUUGGGGUGUGUGGUUACGACGGCGGCUUUGCCGAAUAGGAUUAGGAGGAGGUGAAUUUUAUGUAUGGAUUCAUGAAUUGAAGGGAGAUGUUCUCGGGGUGCAUGCGUGACUCUCGUUUUCCGCUCAAAAAGAGAACUGCAUUCUCCUCCUCUCCUCACUGAGAACUCCAUAAGCCCUAAUCAAUCAAUCAA